AGCAACAAGUGCUAUAGUAAAUAAUACAACUUUUUGCAAUUUUACUAUUUACUGUUUGCUAUUUAGUAUUGUUUUUUACAAAAUGCUUAGAUUUUUAAAAGUUUUUCAAAAACCAUCAUGUAAUAUUAUUGGCAUGAUUCAUGUUGGGGCAUUACCGGGAACACCACUCUAUAAAGGAAAUUGGUCUGAAAUUAUAGAAAAAGCUAAAUAUGAAGCAAAUAUUUACAAGAAACAUAAUUUGGACUCCGUUUUAAUAGAAAACAUGCAUGACAUUCCCUAUGUGCAAGAGCAACUGCUGGGUCCCGAAGCAGUGGCCUGCAUGACACGUUUAGCCCUAGAAGUAAGAAAUAUUAUACCAACCUCGGCGAUGCCCAUUGGCAUACAAAUUUUAGCCUGUGGCAAUAAACAGGCAUUGGCAGUUGCAAAAGCCUGUAAUUUGCAAUAUAUAAGAGCUGAAGGAUUUGUCUUUGACCAUGUUGCCGAUGAAGGUUAUACAAAAGCCUGUGCUGGCGAUUUGCUAAGAUAUCGCAAGCUAAUUGAUGCUAACGAUAUUUUAGUAUUUACUGAUCUAAAGAAAAAACAUUCUGCUCAUAGUAUAACACAAGAUGUUAGUUUAUUGGAAACGGCUAAAGCAGCCGAGUUCUUCUUAACGGAUGGUGUAAUAAUAACAGGAAAUUCCACAGGAGAGGCAGCUAAACCCCAGGAUUUAUUAGACUUAAAAGAUAAAUUGCAAGUACCCUUAAUGAUUGGAUCCGGCAUAACCAAAGACAAUGUAAUGGACUAUUAUCCCCACAUACAAGCAGCCAUUAUAGGUUCACAUUUUAAACAUCAGGGCCUGUGGAGCAAUGAGUUAAGUGAAACUUCUAUACAAAGUUUUAUGGCUAAAAUUCAGGAAUUAUGAAUAUAAACUGAAUGUGUUUAGUUUUAUUGGUAAAAAAUUUUUUAUUAUU